AUGCCCCCCGCCCCUCAAAGGGCGCCCCCUCCGCCCCCGGCCUCCCCCGAUACCCUCCGCAACAAGCUCACCCUCCCCGCGACGGCCCACGCCUCCUCGACAAACACCAGCGGCGAAACGCCCUCCUCGACACACCCACUCGAAGCCCGCCUGCUGGCGUGGCGAUCGACCCAGGACGCCAUGAAGAUGGAGGGACUGCGUCGGGCGUACGGUAUUGCGGAGCCGGUACGCCGCGGGAUGGAGCUGAAGAUCGUCCGCGAUGGAACGUUCAGACCUGCUGUGCUCGGCGGUAUGCGGGGUGGUAAUGUCCAUGAGGAUAUCCUUAUGAUUGGAGGUCGGGAUGCAGAGGUUCAGUGGGAGGAUAUUUACACUGGCGAUGACCUCCGUGAGCCGCCUACUUUCCACGACGAGAUGGAGAAGAGGCUCAAGAUGGAUUUCUGA